AUGGAGCAUGACAUAUUUGAAGUAACUGUUAAAGAAAAAGUUUUUGGCGAUUUUAGUUUUGAUGAUUUUCCGUUUGUUGAGAAAAACAAAUAUGACAUAGUCGAUAUACGAAAUUUAACUUGUAAACAUUUAGCCGAAGAAUUAGAUGAAAACGAACCUGAUACGGAUGAACUUGAUAUAAUUAUAAAUAAGAUAUCAAAAAUAUUUGAAAUACAUAUUAUUAACACGUUCGGCGCUAAAAUAAAUACGAACAAUGAAGAAGAUAUGUCUGUAAAUCAUAUAAUCUCUUAUUUAUCGUCAGAUAUAGACAAACUAGCAAAGUUAUAUGCUGCAUUCUCUACUGAAAUUAUUAAUUGUGUUAACUAUGGAAUGAUUGACUUGAGACCAUAUAAAUUAGCUGGUAUUAAUACAUCAGUAUUAAAUGCUGGGAUAUUUUCUAGGGCUGGCAACCAAAUUAGAUUGUCCCAUAUAAUCAAUCAUAUGGGGCUUAUUCAAAAUCAUGCCGAUUUUAUAGAGGAGUAUAAUAAAAGAAUACAUAACAGUAAGGUAGCCGAUACAUUCAAUAUCAUGAUUACUUCCAUAGCAAAUCACUUGACUCCUUUCGGUUCUUGUCCUCCGACAUUCUUCAAUACACAGUUAGAUAAAAGUAUAUCAUUCGCUCAAUUGCUUUAUCGAAAUAUAGGAGGCAAUGACAUGAUUAAACAGGGUCAUUUUGAUCGGUUUGAUCCAGCAAUUUUACCGAGUUUAACGGAAAUGCAUAGUCAUACUACUAUCAAGUUCAUCCCUCUAGAUAGUCCCAAACUCGUGUUUAAGUUUGAAAAUGAUAAAGUGAUGAUCACAAAACUUUACAUACAUCCACAUUGGAUCGAAACUUUAUGGAAUAUUGUAAUGCUUGAGAUGAGAUCAAAGUGUGAACCAAUAGUCAGUACUAUAGUUUGCUUUUAUAUGGGAGUGCUAAAAAAUGAAAAAGAUUUCCACCUUGCAUAUCAGCUUGGCAUGGUUUAUAGUGGUCCAAUAACUUUUACUCGAUUUCACGAAAUUAUUUGUAAAAUUUCUGAAGUAAGUCACUAUAAUUCAACUCUUGAAG